GAUACUCGAAACCACUUGCUGCUAUACUGGGGCAGCUGGCACGGCCUACCACGCAAGAGCCGACCCACUCUGACACUCGCAGAUCUAUAUGUAGUACGCGUCGCUCCAGAAGCUACCAGCAAAGCUUUUGGAGAUCUUUUGUGCUUCUGCCCCAAGUUCUGGGAACUGUUACAUCUGAGGUUGAAUCACACAUCCCGUCAAUAUGGCACUCCUCACAUUGAUCCUGGUAGCCACUACCCUGGGAGCAUAUGCACUGUACAGGUACCUGGAAUCAUGUCGCCUUCACAGGGUUCCCACAGGACUGAAGCCCCUUCCUGGUCCGAAAGGUUAUCCCAUCCUAGGUUCCGUCCCUGAUGUACCUGAAAAGAAUGCGUUCAUCAAAUUCUCAGACUGGGGCAAGGAGUACGGUCCCAUCUACCAGGUCAACUUGGCUGGCUCCAACCAUGUCUGGAUUUCUAGCGAGAGGAUUGCACACGACCUUCUGUCGAAGAAGGCUGCCAUCUACUCUGAUCGCCCACACAUUCCUGCACUGCUCGACGACAACCGUACUAGUGCCCAGUACCUACCUCUGCUGAGCAGAAAUGAGGGCCACACCCGCCAGAGGAAGUUCGCUAAUGUCAUCAUGCGCGAGUCGGAGAAGGUAGCCUUCCAUCGGUAUCCAGAGCUGGAAGCAAAGCGCAUGCUCGUUGAGUUGCUCGAGGAACCGGGGUCGUACAAUCACGCUCUCGAGUCCUUUAUUGCUCGCGUCACUUCCCGCCUGGCGUGGGGCCACGCUGAAGCCAGCGACGAGCUCAAACAACGUGCACGCGAGCUUCUAAUAGGUGUAUCGCCGACUGGAGCACUAGGUAACAAGCUGCCCUUCCUGAUGGCGCUGCCCGAUUGGAUGUCGCCAGCUAAGGCAUGGGAGAGGCGACGGGCCAAAACCGAGCGCACUUUCUUUCAGACCAUGCAGGCCCAAGUCGAGCGCGACAUGCAAGAGAAAGCCGCACCGGCGUCAUGGAUGAAGACGUUCCUUUCUCAGGGGGCCGCGAAGUUCGGCUUCAAGUCUGAUCUUGAGGGAGCUUAUGCGGUCGGCAUGCAUGGCAUCGCUGGGGCUCUGACGAUUGCGGCACCGAUGCAGUCUUUCUGCUUGGCUAUGUCGUAUUACCCUCAAUACCUACCGAUGCUUCAAGAGGAGAUUGAUCGUGUCUGCGGUGACAGGUUACCUGUCGCAGAAGACCGUCCGAACAUGCCUAUGCUUCGCGCUAUCAUCCGCGAGUUGAUUCGCUGGCGACCACCAGUGCCAACAGGUAUCCCGCAUUACCUAAUCCAAGACGACGAAUUUGAAGGCUUCCACAUUCCCAAGGGGAGCACAAUACAUCCUCUGGAGUGGGCAAUAUCGCGCGACCCUGAAAUCUAUCCCGACCCAGAGACAUUUAACCCUCUGCGGUGGCUGAAGCCUGAGUACCCAACCUACAAAGAGCCUCUCACCCAAUUCCCUACCAUCAUCAACUCAUCCCAAUUCGGCUACGGACGUCGACUGUGUCAAGGACAGACAGUCGCCGACGAAGACCUCUUCAUUGGCAUUGGGUCCAUUGCAUGGCUCUUCAAUAUUUCCAAGCGCUCCCAAGACAAACCCCCCGUUCCCAAGAAGCCCGAGCACCUCACCGGCAUGAACAAGAAACGCACAAUAUCCACCGAAGAACUCAACACGGGGCUGACAAACACCGACUUGCCGUCAGAAAAAGCCAGCUUAGAGCUCGCGCGCCCAGCGCGGCCCUUCCCUCCAGGCUACAGACCAAUCGAAUGGGGGCAGCUUUCGCAGAAAACCGAAGACCCCACGCUCGACUACUCCAUCCUGCUGAUCGCCAAGCCAAUACCCUUCUCCUUCGACCUCAAGCCGCGCAAUGCUGCGCGCGCCCAGCACGCCAGACAGCUGUUCGCCGAUGGCUGGGAGAAGGGGCACUACACCAAGGCGCGCGAGUACUGGGGCGCGGACCAGGGGCGCAGCGAGUCGCUGGGCUGGAGCAAGGUAUGAAACGGGCGGUGGCUCCGGGUCCCUGCGGCGGGCGCGGGAGGCGUGGUGCAGAGCGCUGUGGCGGCCGGCGGGGAGCCGGCGUUUGGGAUGUGGGUGCGGGUGGCAAAGCGGGAAUGACGCGCGAGCAG